UUCAGUUAGCAACAUUGCAGUGGUCAUACACACAAUGCUGAAAUUUAAGUGGAUUGCAGUUUUACUCUACACUUUCAGUUGGAUCUCUUCCAUAGUCACACAGUUUUAUGCUGUGGAGGUUCAGCCUGGUGAAGAAGUCACACUGGAGUGCUCCAACUUUAGCAGACAUCCUGGUCACAUAUUCUGGUUCAAAAUGACCAACAGACCCAACGUGAGCAGAAUCUCAUCUAUGGUCACUGCUGAAAGAAAUGCUUCUCUCCAAGAUGGUCUUCAAGCUGGCAAAUUUAACAUGACGUCCAACACCUCUGUGCUGUUUCUCAAUAUCAAACACCUGGAUUCAUCUGACUCUGGCUUGUAUUUCUGUGGAGAGUACAAAGAUGAUAAGACGGUAAUUUCAAGUGGAACAUAUUUAAAGGUGCAAGAUGUGUUUGAUGGAUUAACAAAUGUGAUGACUGUGAUCCUGGGCAGUUUAAUUGUUCUUCUUCUACUGGUCAUCAUUGGUCUGGCUGCCCAAAUCAGGAAAUUUCAUCCAGCUCAAGAUGAUGGACAGAAUCCACAACAGAGUGAGAAUGUGGAUACUGAUGACAUGAACUAUGCAGCACUGAAUUUCCAUCCCAAAGCUAAAAUCAGAAGGCCUGUACCACAGAGUGAGCUGGACACAAAUGUGGUGUAUGCUUCUACAAAACACUUGAAAAACAACAGGAACAUCAACACAGAGUGAAAGCUGUCACACUGAUCUCUUGUGAGGGAUUUGCACCUUUAGUGUAUGGAAAGAAGAAGAUGAGUGGGAUAUAUUAGGAAGCAAAUGAACAUUUUGUCUUCAAAGUUAAAAUGUGUUAGAAGAAGGAAAAAUUGGCUAGAUUUGUAUGAGUUUGAGAAGGGGCAUUCAGUCUCAAAUUAUACACACACACACAAACACACACACACGCAUAUAUUCAGGCCUGUUUUUUGAGUAUUAAAAUCUGAUGAACUGAACGGAUAAACAUGAAUAUCUCAAGGAUUAUAAUUAUAACAUAUGAUUAUAUUAUACUAUAUUAUCAUUAUAACUGUAUAACACAAUAAUAAUAAUAUUAUUUACAUUUUUCAAGCUUUAUCUAUAAAAAAGAAAGAACGAGCCAGAGAA